GCCGCCCCCCGCUCCCGCUGUUGCCUGGUAACGGCCCCACGGGGGUGCCGCAGCGAAGGCGGUCCGGGCAGGCGUGGGUCGCGGCGCGGCGAUGGUGGACCCGGAGAGCGGGCUGUCGCUCACCAUCGCGCGGAUCGUGCAGCGGCUGCAGGGCUCCAGCCUCCACUCCCAGCUGGAGCGACAGGCCCGGGUUAGCCUACACAAGCCAGAAAUUAAACUGGAAUCACUAAAAGAAGACAUUAAGGAUUUUCUGAAGACAUCAGGUUGGGAAAAGAAGCUUCAGAAUGCUGUUUAUAGUGAACUCAAUGUGUUUCCUUCACCCUGUCAUCCUGCAGCACCUCCUGAGCACAUGAAAGAGCCAUUAGCUUAUAUGAGGAAAGCACAGGGAAGUUGGGAGAAACGAAUUCUAAAAAGUCUAAAUAGCAUGUGCACAGAACUCAGCAUCCCAUUGGCACAGAAGAGGCCAGUAGGUGAGCAGAAAGAACUGCUUAAUAAAUGGAAUGAAAUGGGAACUGAUGAGCCAGGAAAAAGAGAGGAAAAGGGGAAGACAGAGAGAGAGCAAGAGAGAGAGAGCGAGAGAGCGAGACAGAGAGAGAGAGAUAGAGAUAUAUCACCACCCGUGGAUCCAGCGGCAUCCGAUCUAAGUCUCUUCCGGCCUGUUUAUGCACCUAAAGAUUUUCUUGAGGUACUGAUGAAUCUUCGAAACCCAAAUUAUGAAAAUGGAGAGCAGCCAAGUUUCAGGAAUCAUCUGGGGCUAAUUCAGGUUCCUCUAAAAGUUAAAGAUAUUCCAGAAUUGAAAGAAGACUUCAGUGAGCUAGGCUUAAAUAUAGGACAGCUGGGUAUUGAUGAUUCAGCACAAGUGCCUCCUGAAUUCUUUGAAAAUGAGCAUGUACGUGUUGGGCAAAAAGUUUUAGCAGAGCAAGAUAGUGCUGCGGCUCAGCAGUAUGUUCGCCAGGGAUGUCCGACAGCGCUCCGAGCUGAUCUGUGGGCCCUCAUUCUGAACAUUUCUAAUCAGCCAGAGGAUAUCUUGUAUUAUGAACAGCUUAAAUCAAAUGUGAUUCAGCACGACCUUUUAGUGGACAGCCUGAUUUAUAAAGAUGUAAAGCUGACAGCAAGCAAUGAUGACUACUAUUUUGUAUUUGAGGAUUAUUUAUAUCAGGUAUUACUCUGUUUUUCCCGAGAUACAUCUGUGCUGGAGCACUUUACUUACAGUAGUGCCACCCCACCUAAAUCAUACAUACGAGGAAAACUUGGAAUAGAAGAAUAUGCUGUUUUCUACCCACCAAAUGGUGUAAUUCCUUUUCAUGGCUUUUCUAUGUAUGUUGCUCCACUUUGUUUUCUGUACCAUGAACCUUCCAAAUUGUAUCAGAUAUUCCGUGAGAUGUAUGUGCGUUUUUUCUUCAGACUCCAUUCCAUCUCUUCCCAUCCCUCUGGCAUUGUGUCAUUAUGUUUGCUGUUUGAGACUCUUCUACAAACCCAUCUGCCCCAGCUCUUUUAUCACCUUCGAGAAAUUGGGGCUCAACCGCUGCGAAUUUCAUUUAAAUGGAUGGUACGAGCAUUUUCUGGUUAUUUAGCUACAGACCAGCUCUUGCUUUUGUGGGACAGAAUCCUAGGAUACAACUCUCUAGAAAUUCUUGCUGUCCUGGCAGCUGCUGUGUUUGCUUUCCGAGCAGUCAACCUGAUGGAGGUGACAUCACUGGCUGCAGCCGAAGCUGUACUUGCUGACCUUUCAACCCUGAAGGUUAUGCCUCUUCUUCAAAUCUUCUUGUUUGCUACUGUCACUUGAUCUGCUUCAACAGUACUGAUACCACACUUCCAGUCUUUCAUUAGAAACUAAUAAUCAACUAUGCAAUGUCUGCAUAAAACCAAAAUUAAACUAUGUAUAAUAUUCAUUUAGAAAUCAUGACCUUAAUACAAUUUUCUAACUGAAAACAGUAACUUUGCACACCAGUCUGUGCACCACAUGCUACUGAAUUUCACCAUAAGAGCAAUGGUUCUUAUUUGUACAAGAAGAAUGAUUACUUGUGCAAAUGAACAGUAUGAAUCAGUGUCUAAUAUGCAUGUAAUGUUAAAUUAAAUAAAGGUAAUGUAACUAUUCAUCUAA